CUGAGCUCUGGACACUCGCUGUGAUCAACAGAACACACACACACUCGCUCUUGGCAUGGAUAGCAAAGUAGUAGCGCUGGUGGCGCUGCUGAUGCUCGCCUUCUGGAGCCCAGAGACUGACGCAAAGCCCAUCAGUCUGGUGGAGAGGUGCUGGUGUCGCUCCACCCUCAACACCGUCCCGCAACGGAGCAUCCGAGAGAUCAAGUUCCUUCACACUCCCAGCUGCCCUUUCCAAGUCAUUGCCAAGCUGAAGAACAACAGAGAGGUCUGCAUCAACCCAAAGACCAAAUGGCUUCAGCAGUAUCUAAAGAAUGCCCUUAACAAAAUAAAGAAGAAACGCUCAGAGUAAACAGACGAGGAUGUGCGAGGAGGACAGCGGAGAAUCUCUAAAGUCCAAAGAGUCCCGUGUCCUGGAGUCUCACACUCGCUGAUCACUCUUCCUCUUUCUGGACUGCUUGCACAAACAGCACUUCUUCACCUGAACCUGCCUCUAGAGCAUCAGCUCACCACACACACACAUACACCGAACGCCUCCAUCGCUGCUGCACACUGCUAAUAUUUACCCUCGCACGAGUCUGUGUGACUGAAUGUGAAGGCCAGGAAGAUAUUUACUCGGUUAAAGGACAGUAAAAAUGAGAGUUUGUGGAUUUGUGUGUUAGCUGUGAGGGAUGUUUAGUUAUAGGAUAGUUUGAGGUUAGUAAGGGACGUUUGCAAGUGAAAACAAAAAAGCAAGCAGAAAGGUAAAACUGCCCCUGUUCAAGCUCAAUUUUGCAUCGUUUUGCUGCUCUAGGCUUAAGUAUAAGUGCUUAAAGCUCACAUGAAUUAUUCAGCAGGCUUAUGCUAGCUUUGUGAUUCAGCUAUGAUCGUGAUAGCUUUGUGAAACAACAGUGCUAACACCAGUUCUGUGAUAAAACAAUGCUAAUAUUAGCUCUGAGGCCAAGCAUUGUUAACAUUAGCUCAUGCUUAUCCUUGCUUUGUGGUCCAGUAAUGCUAAAAUAAGCUUUAUUGCCCAGCAAUGUUCGCUCUUUGGGCAAACAAUGCUAAAAUUCAUUAUGUGGUCCAGUAAUGUUAACCUAAGCUCUGUGAACCAGAAUGCUAAUGCUAGCUCUGUGGUCAAACAUUGCUAUAGCUCAUUCUGUAGUAAUUUGGUAAUUUUAGCUCUGUGAUAUAGCAAACUAGCCUUUUUGGUCCAACAUGCUAACAUUAUAUCUGUGGUAAACAAUGUAAAUUCUUGCUAGCUCUGCAAUCCUGCAAUACUAAUGCUCUGUUCCAAAACCAAAACAAACUGCUUACCAAAACAUCACAUGCAAAAAACUUUUUUUAAAACAAUAUGACUUGUAUUUAACAAAUAAACUAAUCGCAGAAUGGCAGAUGUUCACUGAAUUUUAAACUCAGAUUACAUUAAUGUUAACAACAUUUAAAACAAACAUUUGUUGCUCGUUGCUUUGAGUGUCUAAAAGCUCAACAUAAUGAUCCAGAAUGCUAACACUAGCCCUCUGGUCACACAACGCUAACAUUUAUUCUGUUGUCUAUUAAUGCUAAUAUUAGCUUUGUGAUCCAGCAAGCUAAUGUUACCCUCUUUGUUCCAACAUGCUAACAUUAUAUCUGCAAUCCAGCAAUGCUAAUUCACACUCUGUUCCAAAACCAAAACAAACCACUUACCAAGACACCAAAGCUAACUUUUUAAAAGCAAUAUUACUUGUAUUUAACAAAUAAACUAAUUGCAGAAUGUAAUUCUCUCGAUUAAAGAUCCAAGAUGGUGGACGUUUAAUGUUUAUAUAGAUUUUAUUAAUCUUAGCAACAUUAGAAACAAAAAAGCAUUUGUUGCUCGUUGCUUUGAGUGUCUAAAAGCUCACCAUACUUACUAAUCAUCCAGAUUGCUAACGCUAGCUCUCUGGUCAAACAAUGCUAACACUUAUUCUGUCGUUCAUUAAUGCUAAUAUUAUAUCUGUGAUCCAGCAAGCUAACGUUACUUCUUUGGUCCAACAUGGUAACAUUAUAUCUGUGAUCAACAAUGCCAAUGCUAGCUCUGUAAUCCAGAAAUGCUAAAUCACACUCUUUUGCAAAAUCAAAACAAACCGCUAAGCCUACCAACGUUUUUAAAGCAAUGACUUAUAUUUAACUAAUAAACUAAUCGCAGAAUGAAAUACUCUCAAGUAAAGAUCCAAGAUGGCUGACGUUUAAUGAAUUUCAAACUCUAAAUAGAUUACAUUCAUGUUAACAACAAUAGAAAUAUUUGUUUCUUGUUGCAUUUGGGUGUCUAAAAGUUCACCACAAAUACUAAUAAUCCAGAAUGCUAAUGCUAAUUUUGUGAUUCAGCAUGCUAAAGUUAUGCAAUCCACAAAGGCUAAUGCUAACUUUAUAAUUAUGCAUAGACCUAUGGUAAUACAUGCUAAUGCUAUUUCUAUUCCAAAACCUACAAAGUCACCUAUCUAAAGAAAAGAUAUAAAUAAAUUGCCAAAAAAAGCAAUGCCAAAAUGCAUUGCUAGAAGCUAACAUCAACUACAUAACUGUUUAAAAUCAAUUGUGAGGCGACAAAUUUGUAUAACAUUUAAAAUAAAUUACUUUUAUGAUAGUUACUGUGAUGUCUGUUGUGUAGUGCACUACAUUGGCAGUAGAUAGCAAGGUUUUGGAACAGAGACUUUUAAUGAAGGUAGCUACCACAGGAAACAGAAUCAAAGCUUCCUGUAUUCAAGUUUCUUACAGCUACCUGUGUGUAGCAAACACCAGACACUGAAAUUCAAGAAGAAAACGUGUGUGUGAAUAACCUGGUGUUGUAAUGCAAUCACGCCAUGGCAGCUUAUAAUUUCUGUCUGCGACAUUUCAUGACUCAGGCCUUAAUGAACAGCAUUUACAUACCGAUCUUCACUGUCGAGUGCCCUCAUACUGGCUGCAGUAUGGAUCAACUUGUAAAUAUUCUCCAGCACUAAAUGGCUGUCAGUGAAUGGGUUGAACAGGGACCAAAACUGAACCGCAAGCUAUUUUGUAGACUAAGUUAAUAUUACUGUAUGUAUUCCGUAUAGCGUGUUUUGUUUUUAGCCACAUGAUGAAGAGAUGUGAAUGUGAGUUUUUGGUUUCAUCACACGUUUAUCUAACACACCUUGUUCUGACGUUUUGACUCAAAUGCCCGAUUGCUGUAAUGUUUUUGAGCCACUUUAAAAAAUAUAAGGAUUUUUUUAAUGUAACGAUUUAUUUUUGUAUUUUGUAUUGAUCAUUAUGAAUAAAAACACAACAGUACAAUA